CGUCACAUUGAAAUAAAAAUAAAUUUUGCGUUCAAGUCUUCACCUUCAUUCUGUUUUCUGAUCAGGCCAAUUAAACUACUGUCAGACAGGAAUAAAAAUUCAGUUUUUGUACACAAUGUAAUAAACAGUUUUCUUUGUUUUUAAUUAGUGCAUUGAUAAAAAUGUUUGACAGUGUCAGUGGUGUUAAUACUAAAAUUGAUAUCCAAACAUCAGUGUGAUCUGUGAUCUCACUACGUUUAAAGAGACAAUACAUCGUCUGUAUGUCUCGAAAAUUUGACAAUUGUAAUAAAUUAUCUGCACAUUUGAUUUUACAUAUGCAUUAUGUAUUUAUGAAAUACAAUUUACCAGUAAAUGUCCAAUCCAAUAGUUAUCGAUAUGGUUAGAUUGUAUUAAUUAAAUUUGAUUGUAUCAAAUAUAGUCUAUAUAUAAUCAAAUUGACAGUGUGUACGUGAUUACAAAGAUGUCCUGGUCAUAACAAUAGAGUACACAGUUCGUACAUGUUAAAAAGAAAAAUUAUCUACGCAAAAAUUUCCAGUGAAAUUUAAAAGGAGAACAAAGAUGAAUGUGCAUAAUGAUCCAAAAGACUGAACGAAUUAUUAUAAUUACAAAUAGAUGAAUUUUAUUUUUUAAUGUCAGUUUCGUGUACGUGACGUGAAACUUCAAAUUGUAAACAUGGGAAAUUGCCUAAAGCGAGCUACAGGUCAACAAGAUAGCACGACAUUGUUAACCAGCAGUUCUGACCCAGUAAUGACUGGUGCUACUUCCCAGGAUACUUUUGGCUCAUCUUCUAUACCCUACAGUGCAGGAAAUUAUUAUCCACCGAUAACAACACGGGAACGUCAUUUACAGUCAACAGAAUUGGGUAUCAGUCGAAAUAUUGGAAUUGGAGUUGUUUUAGGUGGUGGAGUAUCUGGCAUUUUAAAUGAAGAUGAACAACAAGUACGAAUAGCUAAACGCAUAGGAUUAAUUCAGCAUUUACCUAUACGAGAAUUUGAUGGUACCAAAAAAGGAGAAUGUGUAAUAUGUAUGAUGGAAUUGCAAAUUGGCGAAGAAGUACGUUAUCUACCGUGUAUGCACACUUAUCACGCGGUAUGUAUCGACGAUUGGCUUUUACGUUCAUUAACUUGUCCAUCAUGUUUGGAACCUGUUGAUGCUGCGUUAAUUAAUUCCUACCAUCCAACCACUUAAAUAUUAUCGCCAAGUGUGAAUUUAAAAUCGAAGUCGAAGGAUAGUUCAUAUAUAUAUAUACAUAUAUUAUUGAUAUAGUAUCAUAUAUAUAUAUGAUGAAUAUAAUUUGAUACACGAUCACACACACAAACACAUAUGUAGACUGGGUGUUGCAGUUUUAUUGUAAGUUGAUCAUAUUUUAUGUGUAAAUAAUCGAUCUCUCUCUGUUUCUUUUUUUGUAAUUUGAAACAAUUAUUUUUAAAAUUAGAUCUUAAUUUAAAAAUGAAUUUAAAUUUUAUAACUGGAUUAUAAUAUAGACUUUUAAAAAAAUAUUUUUCGACUUUUUUUUCUUUAUAAUUAAAAAUAUAUUGAAAUAUGUUCACCUUGAAAUCAUGUGACACUCUUAUUCCAUAAUAACACUGGCCGUUCUCUUAAUGCUGAAUGAAUACUUCUCUGAUGAAAUCUGUAAAAAAUAAAAUCAGAAAGAUUUUAUAGUGAGUAAAAAAUAAAAUAUGUUUUAAUUAAUGCAUCUUAACGCUUGUAAUCAUAUUGCAGAGAAUAUUCUUACAACAUUAAGUUAUAAGUCAGUAGAAUUAAGAUUGUUCGGGGAAGGCUUUUUGAGUACAUUUUGUUAUCCAUAGUAUAUUUAAUAUGUUUACGUGUAAUUAUUGAGCAAUAUCUAUUUAGAGAUUUUUAUUUUGCUACGACAAUUAUUUAAAUAAUUUAAGAGAAAAAAAAUAACGCGAACGACAGUAAAUUAAAAAACAAAAAAAAACAUAAAAUGCGUCGACAAAGUUUUAACAUUAUUGGAUUUUCUAUAUAUACAUAUAUCAAUUACGAAAAGUCGAAAAACAUCACUUAAGCGAUUUAAGAUUAGAAAAAACACAUAAUAACUAAUGUAUAUAAUGUAGAUCUAAUCUACUUUUUAAAUUACGUUAAAGUCAAUAAGAGUUUGACAAAAGUUGAUAAAACUCGUACAUUAAAUUACUGUGAUUUUCUUUCAAUAUUACAUUAUUGCUUCCUUAAAUUUAUAUUUUAAAAAAUUUUUAAUUUACUAAAAUAUUUUUAAGAUUCGAUAAACAUUCAAAAUAUUUUUAAGAUGUUUUAAUUUAAAUCCUAUAAUUUUCAAACAUGAUUAAUGAUCAAUAAAAACUAAUGCUUACAUGUAGAAUGAUCAUUAACAUGUUUUUGCAAUUUUAUUUGCAUUUAUAAUUCGUCAAAUUUCUUAAUGACUAGAACGCCUCUAAAAAAAACAAAAAACAUAGUCCACUUCACAAAAGAAACUUGAAUCUAGACAGGUGUAUUAAUCUUAGCAAUCUGAAUAGGAAAAAUAUUCUUGAUGUCAGAUUUGGCAAUGGAAAACAGUGUAACUGUCCGGUUUUUGUAUAGCGGCUUACGUAGGAAUUCAAAGUUUUAUUAAAAAUACGUAUACUCAAUUUGAGUUAUAAUUAUUUUAUGUAAUAAACUGUGUUUUAUACAAUGAUAAUAAAAAACAAUAUACACUUGUGUAAGCAAGAAAUAAUCUUCGAAAAAAUAUAUAUAACAUAUAUUUACUUUCAAAAGUAGAAAGUUUAGCAAGAUUGUGCAAUUACAAGUUUUUUUUAAAAUAUUUUUAAAAAUAUUUUACUAAAAACAUCGCAAAAUUUGAAGAAACAAAAAAAAACAUAAAAGUGAUAAAGAAAAAACCUCCAAUAUCUCCUAAUGUGAUUGUAUGAAAAUGUAAAAAUGUUCACGAAAUAAAAUACGAUUUAAAAUAAAAA